GAUCGGGUGGGUGUUAGCGACUCUCGUCCCAUACCCUCGCGGUCGCGUUUAUUUCCGUUAACUUUUAUUUUUUUUUAUACACAUUCUUUCGCUCGGCUUCCUCCAUCACUAUAGCGCUCCUAUCAGUACAAUUAUGUUUUGUUAUUAUUGCAUCUAGCAUUUCGCUGCAGCAGAAAAAUUACACGCGUGACGUAUACCGUAGUUGAUUGAUGGAGGGCCUUUAAACGGCUCUGACCUGGUGCCGCGUGACAAAACCGCUCCGUCUCUGCAUAAGUGAACCGCAGUGUGAAGGACCCCGGCGGUCACUAGCUGUGCACCGUCGCGGACGUACGGCAGUUUCUCGUUUAUUACUUCCGCCCACCGGCGCGUCGCGCUGCGAUGACGCCGCCCCCGCCACCCACGCCGCUGCACGCACACAGCCGGCCCAACAGACGCGCGUCGGCGCGCGAGUCGCAGCUCUGAGGGCGUCGACGUCAUGGUCAUCAUGUCCUCGUGCGACGGCCGAGCGCACCUCCCGCUGCAGCAGCCGCCGGCCUCGGCGCCCAUGGCGGCGUCUACGGUCGCGUCGUCGUCGCCGCCGCCCACUUCCGCCGCCACAGCCGCCGCCUCUUCGGGAGCGACGCCCAUCCGCGUGGGUUUCUACGACAUCGAACGCACCAUCGGCAAGGGCAACUUCGCCGUCGUCAAACUGGCCAGACAUCGCAUCACCAAGACGGAGGUGGCCAUCAAGAUCAUCGACAAGUCGCAGUUGGACGCGGCGAACCUGCGCAAGGUGUACCGCGAGGUGGACAUCAUGAAGACGCUCGACCACCCGCACAUCAUCAACCUCUACCAGGUGAUGGAGACGAAGAACAUGAUCUACAUCGUAUCGGAGUACGCCAGUCAGGGAGAGAUAUUUGACUACAUCGCGAGGUUCGGCCGGAUGUCGGAGUCGGCAGCGCGGCGCAAGUUCUGGCAGAUCCUGUCCGCCGUGGAGUACUGCCACAACAAGCGGGUGGUGCAUCGGGACCUCAAGGCGGAGAACCUGCUGCUGGACGCGAACAUGAACAUAAAGAUCGCGGACUUCGGCUUCAGCAACUACUUCACCCCGGGCGAGACGCUGAGCACGUGGUGCGGCUCUCCGCCCUACGCCGCGCCAGAGGUGUUCGAGGGCAAGCGCUACGUGGGGCCCGAGAUAGACAUCUGGAGCCUGGGCGUGGUGCUGUACGUUCUGGUUUGCGGCGCCCUGCCUUUCGACGGAUCGAGCCUGCAGUCGCUCAGGGACCGGGUUCUGUCCGGCAGGUUUCGCAUCCCUUACUUCAUGAGCUCCGACUGCGAGUCGCUGAUCCGCAAGAUGCUGGUGCUGGACCCGUGCCGGCGGUACACGGUGGAGCAGAUCAAGCGCCACCGCUGGAUGAGCGCCGAGGCGCCCCGGCUGCUGCCCAGCGGCGCGGGCGGCACCUCCUCCGAGCCCAACGAGCAGAUCCUGCGCCUCAUGCAGAGCCUCGGCAUCGACGGCAACAAGACCCGAGAGUCUCUGCGCAGCGGCAGCUACGACCACCACGCGGCCAUCUACCUGCUGCUGCUGGAACGCCUGCGCCAGCACCGGUCGUCGCUGCCGCCGCUGGCCGCGCAGCAGCCGGGCGUGGACGCCGCGCGCCGCGCCAGCCUCGACCACCGGCACGACAUCCUGCACGACCUCGCCGCCGCCAGGCGCCUCCCGACGCGGCACCUGUCGAGCGUGUCGGCGGACGAGGGGGUGGAGGUGGAGGCGGAGGGCGGCUACGGCAGCGCGUCGUCCUCCAGCUGCAACAAGAGCCUGAGCCAGCACCUCAGCUGCGACUCGGGCUGCUCCGCCGUCUUCGAGGGCUCCGGGCUCGACCUCGCCUCCAGCCUGCCCUCCUGCAGCUACAGCCGCGACGGCUCCGCGCUCGAGGUGUGGCUGCCGGCAGCGGCGGCAGGUGUCGCGUGCGGGGGCGUGUCGACUCCGCCCCCGCGGCCCACCGCGUCGCCGACUCCGCCCCCGGGCCUGGUGCCGGCGGCAGCCGCUCUCGCGAUACGCCCCCGUCUGCCGCAGCUGGCGGGGCUGCACGGCGCGCUGCGCUGCCGCUACAGAGAGCCGCUGCCCAGGGCGGACCGCGACCGCGCCGCCAGGGAGCGCCUGGGGCUGGCCGCCGCCUCCCAGGGGCAGGCGCAGGGCCAGGGGCUGCAGCACCAGCUGCUCGCCUCGCGCCUCCUGCACUCCCGCAGGCUCCUGCUGCAGACCAUGCACGCCAAGCACCAGGAGCCACUCGUCCCGAGGACACCGCGUGCCCACGGUCCGGUGCUGAGGCAGGCGUCGUACAAGAUGGCCGUCCAGCAGGCACCGUUGCUGCCCCCGCUGGAGCCGCCCCCACUGCCGCUGGCCGACGACUGGCGCUCACUGCCCGGCUCGCUAGCUGCUGCCUGCUCACUCGCAGACUCCCAGCCUCCUCCACUUUCACUGAGUCCUGCACCUGGCUCCUACCUUCCGGGAGGCCUGCCUUGGCAACCACUGGGACCGUCGGUCUGUGACAGUCCCAUCCUCGAACUCACGGAGCACAUGGAAUCCGUCUGAAGGCAGUGGUGCAGAAUGUUCGAAGGCUACAUUUUACUUCAGCCCCCCUGUGGGCUUCUGCCAUUAUGGGCCCAGUAUUUGAUUGCUUGAGAAUGAUUUAUACUCCAAAACAGAUUAAAUUUUAAGAGUAACGUGUACC